AUGAACGUUCCUGGGACGUUACUAGGCGACGUUCUUGACACCAGUGGGGACGUUCUGAGAACGUCCUGGGAACGGCCGCCGCGCUCUCGUCGUUUUCACCUGCUCCCACGGCUGCCCGCCACGGAUUUUUCCGAUUUCUUCUCCGGUAUGUCGCUUUCUAUACAUAACGCUUCUCCGGGGAAUAGCCUAUCACGGGCCUGCCCGGCCGCGUGUGGAGCACUCAUCGCUGCCAAGGACCUUCACCCGUUCUGCGUGGUUUGCUUGGGCCUUAAACACGCUCAAGAAGCCUUGGAGAACGCGGAAAAUUGCAGUCAUUGCCUUAUGCUGCCCAAAAAUGUUUUACGACGCCGUCUUAAGGUUGCAGCGACCCAGUGCUCCGAGCUCGGUUUUACUGACUCAGAUCUGGGACACGGUGACGACGACGCGCUACCGGGGGACUCCCGGGGCGCCUCCUCACUUGUUUGGGCUGACCAGCCCAAUCCCGCAUUCCCCGAAGAGGACAUCUUCGCGGGCAACCUCAUGCUCGCCGACGAACCGGCCGGUUCCGGCGAUGAGGAUGAUGCAACCCUUCUCGGGGUCUCAGAGGACGAGGAUGCCAUCCCGCCCUCCGGCGUUCCCCAGGCUAGCGGCCACGCAGCCCUGCCUCAGUCCAUCCUCCUGGAAGUGUGUGAGCGAGCGGCCGCUCGCCUCAACAUUGAGUGGCCGGCUCCACAGAGCGCCACCGACCAGGAGAGGGAUAUUUACGACGGAAAAGUGUUGGGAUCUCCUCCCGGUCCGGGGAAACAACUCUUCCCCGUCCUUCCAGCGUGCGCUAAGCAUAUGAGGCACAACUGGAGCGAACCGCUCGACUUCAAACACGGCCUUUCGGGCCUUGAAGUAAAGGAUAUGGCAGCUCAUGGUAUGGGCGACCCCCCCGCUAUCGAGCCUUCCAUCGCCAGGCACCUUAACCCCGCUCAGGGCGGGCUGCUCGCUCCCCCUAAGCCGGUCUUGCCCAACAAGCUGGACCGUUUUUCUGCCUCAGUUCACCAGGCCGCAUACAAGUCCUCGGCCUUGGCAGUCAGGGCCCUGAACGUCUCGUCUCUCCUCUCCGCUUACCAGGCGGAGAUUUUGGACGAAUUAGGGCAACAGCUAAAAAAGCGAACUCCUUCUCUACACUUGUGGAAGGAGAUCCUCACGGUGAACGACCUCGUCCUUCAUAAUGCUCGCCAGGCCGUCCAAGCCUGCGGGCGCUCUAUGGCGCUUUCUGUGGUGGGAGAGCGCGCGCUCUGGCUUAACCUGUCAGGCCUUCCUGACAGUGAGAAGCGGCGCAUCGCGGGCGCGUCGAUGGAGCCCGAUCGGGCUCUGUUCGGCCCCGCCGUCGCAUUGAUGCAACAACGGUGUGACGACAAAAAGAAGGAGGACAAGGCAUUCAAGUUAUGUCUUCCUAAGGGGAAAAAUCGACUCCCGCCGCGGCCGCGGCUGGAGGACCAUCUAACCCUAACCCCAUCGACUCGAAACGUAAUCGGCCUGCCUGAUGUUCGAUUGAUGGAGGCAUCGAGUCCGCGUUCAUGGGCCACGAGCCCUUCGGACUCUCUCCCUGUCCCAGGACCCCCGUUCAAAAGACGCAGGGUCUCCCGCGGAUGGAUCGAUUCCUCUUCGUUCGAGGCUGCCCAGCCCAUGUGUUUAAUGAACGCUCGGGUGGGAACACUUUCAAAUCACGAAUGGGCUUGGCGAACUGUUUCGGCUCCCGAGUGGGUGAUGCGUACUAUAAUGAAGGGAUACAGACUGCAGUUUUCAAUGAAACCCCCGCAUUUCAACGGCGUUCUCUCUUCACACACAGAAGAGAACGCCUCACACAUUCUGAAAGAGGAAAUAUCCUCCCUCCUAAACAAGGGAGCGAUUCAGAUGGUGCCCCCCACUCUGAUGAAUCAGGGAUUUUAUUCUCGUUAUUUCCUGGUCCCAAAAAAGGACGGCGCUCUCCGCCCUAUUCUGGACCUUCGUGUGUUAAACAAACAUUUGAGGAAAUACAAUUUCAGAAUGCUGACUCAUGGCUCGCUCGCCCGUGCCAUAAAACAGAACGACUGGUUCACAUCGGUCGACCUGAAAGAUGCUUUCUUCCAUAUAAGCAUUUAUCCGCCACACAGGAAGUUUCUUCGUUUCGCCUACCAAGGCACAUGUUACGAAUUCACAGUUCUGCCGUUUGGGCUCAGUCUAAGCCCCCGGUGUUUCUGUCUGUGUGCGGAGGCGGGUUUAGCACCCAUGAGAAUGUCAGGUCUGAGGAUUCUGACAUACAUAGACGAUUGGCUAAUCAUAGCCGAAUCGAAAGAGAAAGUGUUGCAGGACACUUGCCGUGUGCUCACGCACAUCACAUCUCUCGGGUUCAGAGUGAAUGUGGGCAAGAGCAAUUUUACACCCAGUCAGAAUGUCAUUUUCCUGGGUUUGGAGUUGAACUCAGUCUCCAUGCGAGUGCGUCUCUCUCAAGAGCGCGUUCUCUCUCUAAUGAACUGUCUGUCGCAGUUCAGAGAGGGGGCGAAAGUACAAUAUCGCACAUGCCUCAGGCUGCAGGGUCUUAUGGCUUCAUCAAUCCAGGUUGUACCGCUGGGACUCCUGAGAAUGAGAGCGUUCAUGAAAUGGGUUUUGUUACUACAUUUCAGCCCGACGCACGAUCUUUGCCGCUCUGUAAUAGUGACGCGCGCCUGCUCGGCAGCCUUGCGCCACUGGAAGAGCGCAGACUUUUACGCACAUGGAACCCCUCUGGGGACAGUUAUGAUGCGGAAAGUUGUGACGACAGAUGCGUCCUUAACAGGCUGGGGCGCCACCCAGGAGGGCAGAACGGUGAACGGUCUGUGGCCGAGCAGACUACGUUCAGCGCACAUAAAUUAUUUAGAGCUUAUGGCCGUAUGGAAAGCUCUGAAUUAUUUUCUGCCUCGCCUGCAGGGACAUCAUGUGCUCGUACGCUGCGACAAUACCACGACAGUGGCUUAUAUCAACCGUCAGGGCGGCGUGCGCUCGUCGAAACUUCACGCUCUAGCUUACAAGCUUCUAGUGUGGAGCGCACAGGUUUUCCUGUCGUUACGCGCGACUCAUGUUCCCGGCCUUCUAAACAGAGGCGCGGAUCUUCUAUCAAGGGGAAACCCAAUCUACGGAGAUUGGCGCCUUCACCCGCAGAUAGUGGAUAUGUUAUGGAUGAGAUUUGGACAGGCAACCGUAGAUCUAUUCGCCUCGCGCGAAAACUACCAUUGUCCUAUGUUCUUCUCGCUAAAGGACGUGGACGCACCCCUCGGGGUAGAUGCACUGGCCCACCCGUGGCCCAGAGUGCUGCUGUAUGCCUUUCCUCCCCUGUCCCUGAUAAUUCCUACACUGGCCAGGGUGAGAGAGCAGGGCCUGUCUCUCAUUCUGAUAGCACCCAGGUGGCCCAAAGCACCAUGGCUGGCGGAGAUAAUCCCUCUGUUAUAUGCCGAGCCGUGGCGCCUCCCCCCCCGCACAGAUCUUUUGUCCCAAGCGAACGGGGAGAUUUAUCACCCACACCCGGACAGGGUGGCUCUUUGGGCGUGGCCCGUGAGAGGACGAACCUAAGCGCACUGGGGCUUUCGCCGUGUGUGAUUGCUACUAUACAGAAUGCCAGGGCCGUGUCUAUGCGAUUCUUGUAUGGCAGUAAGUGGCAAGUGUUCGAAGGGUGGUUUGAUGGGCGUGGUCUCACAUCUUAUCAGUGCUCAGUUCCUGAUAUUUUGUGUUUCCUCCAAGACCUCUUGGAAAAAGGCAGGUCUUUUUCCACAAUUAAGGUCUACUUGGCUGCGAUUUCGGCCUUUCAUGUGGGCUUUGAGGGCUCAACAGUCGGGCAACAUCAUCUAAUCCGCAGAUUUAUGAAGGGUGCCUGAGUGGGACUUCUCCAUGGUGUUGGAGGCUCUGUCUCAGUAUCCUUUUAAACCUCUUGGAAGUAUUUCCCUUAAGCUGCUGUCCUUCAAGACAGCUUUGCUCUUGGCCUUGGCAUCAGCCAAACGUGUCAGUGAGCUACAUGCACUUUCGGUUCAUCCCUUGUGCACUAAAUUUUCUCUUAGUGGAGAUAUGGUUUCCCUUAAGCCUAAUCCGGCCUUCAUGCCGAAGUGCUUCCCUGCGUUCACUUCAGAGGUGUUGGAGCUGUCCGCUUUUGACCCUUCACCUUUUUCCUCC